AUGACCAUCACAUCUCAAGCACAUUUUAUUCACACUUUAGAUAUUCUCAACAUUUUAUCCAAAAAACCUGAGUUGUCUGUAUCGGAUCAACCUGCACCUGCUCAGACUCUGGAUGAAGUAGUAUCUGAUUUGGAACAAAUCAACCACUGCGAUGAAUAUGUACAAUCGUUUGAUCUACCCAUUGAUGUAUACACCGAUGGUGGUUGUAGAGCCAACGGUACAAAGGGAGCUCAAGCAAGUAUAGGAAUAUGGUUUGGACAUGCAGAUUCUCGUAAUAUAUCUGAACGUCUUAUCAGUCCAAUCCAAACCAAUAACCGUGCUGAAAUGACUGCAGUGAUUCGAGCACUUCAAGCUACUACAUCUUACCAUCAUGUCAAUAUCUAUUCAGAUAGCGCCUAUGUAGAACGAGGACUGAAUGCAUGGAUGCCUGUAUGGAAACAGAAUGGAUGGAAAGGACCAAGAAAUAAACCAGUACAGAAUCAAGAUUUAUGGCAAGAGUUGGAUCAAUGCAUGAAUGACCGGUCUGGCACUGUUAAAAUAUUGUGGGUCAAGGCUCAUGUAGGAAUCUUGGGCAAUGAAGGAGCCAACACACUAGCUUCUCAAGCCCUCGAUCAACACUGA